CGGCCACACGGCGAGCCGGCCGGGACGACAUGACGCCCUCCAAGGCGGCGCUGCUGCUGCUGCUGGCCGCCGCGGCCAUCGCGGUCACGAGCGCCAACACCGACACCAGCGUGGACGAGUACGAGGAUGGCGUCGAGGAGGAGGACGACUGGGACGAGGACGACGACGACGAGUGGGACUUGAGCUUUGACGACGACGGGGAGGGCGUGAACGACAGCGUGGCCUCGACGCCGACGCUGCCAACCGAGGCCCCGGUGCUGGAUACUUGGGGUGGCCGCGUCAGGGGGAAGGUGCUGACCUCUGCCGGCGGACGGCAGUACUUCGCGUACCUCGGCAUCCCCUACGCGGAGCCCCCCGUCGGCGACCUCCGCUUCAAGUUCCCGCGGCGCCUCAAGGAGAAGGCCUGGCAGGGGGUGCGAGAGUGCGUCCAAGACGGGCCCAAGUGUCCGCAGCUCACCUACCCCGAGCGGCAGUACGAGGGCGACGAGGACUGCCUCUACCUCAACAUCUACACCCACCAAACGCAGGACACUUCCGUGCCGGUGGAGGAGCUGGUGCCGCGCCUGCGCUCCGUCCUGGUGUGGCUGCACGGCGGCAACUUCCAGCAUGGCUCCGGCUCCUUCGACGACGUGGGCCCGGAGCGCUUCAUGGACGACAACGACAUCGUGCUCGUGGUGCCCAACUACCGCCUCAACGCGCUAGGCUUCCUGAGCGUCGGCGAGCACCCCGCGGUGGGCAACGCGGGCAUGAAGGACAUCUUCACGGUCCUGUCCUUCGUGCACAGCCACAUCGCCGAGUUCGGCGGCCACCCCGGCCACGUGACCCUGGGCGGCUUCCAGGCGGGCGGGGCGGCGGCGCACCUGCACGCCCUCAGCCCGCUGUCCUCCAGCGAACCAAACUUGUUCCAGCAGACGCUGUCGCUGUCCGGCAGCGCGCUGGCGCCCUGGGCCGUGCUGCCCGCGGCGGAGGCCACGCGGCGCGCCCUCAAGCUGGGCCGCCUGCUGGGCUGUGUCAAGACCGGCGUCGCGGACGAGCACGUCAAGGCCGCCGACGUGGUGCGCUGCCUCCGCACCAAGCCGGCCGAGGCCGUCGUCCGGGCCAGCGAGAGAGUGCUGGACUGGCACUCAGACCUGUCCUUCCCCUUCGUGCCGAGCGUGGAGCGCUUCGACGGCCACAACCGGCCCUUCAUGAUCACCCCGCCCGAGGACACGCUCAAGUCCGGGGCGCGCGGGCUGUCCCCCAAGACCUGGGUGGCAGGGGUGACGACGCACGACGGCCUGCCGCACGCGCUGCAGCUGAUGGUGUUCAGGGGUUUGCUGCAGAAGCUCAACGAGAACUUCGAGGACACGCUCUGGGACUACCUGGGCCUGCGGCACGCGGUGCAGGCGGCGGGGCCCGAGUGGCAGCGCAACGCGGCGCAGCGGCUGCGGGACCACUAUCUGCCCGGCAACCAGUCCGUGAGCCUGGGCACGCUGUCGGGGCUCAUCGACCUAACAUCAGAUGCGCUGUACAACUAUGGUUUGUAUAGGACAGUUGUUCUGCAGUCCGCUGCUAAGAGAUCCUUAUCACUGGUCUAUCGAUUUGGUUUUGAUAGACAUGAGGACACUACACGUGUGCUAGGUGUUCCUUUAGGAACAGAUGCUGAGCUUGUGUUUCCAGCAAUAUUUGCAAACGAGAAGUCAAAAUUAACUAAAGAGGAAAUACCUGUGUCUAAAAAAUUGAUAAGGCUUAUUUCCAACUUUGUUACCACUGAGGAUCCCACUCCAGAAAAAGAGGAAGAGCUGGACUAUUUGGAAUGGCCUGUAGCUCAGGGAGCAAAUUUUUCAUUUGUUGAAGUGGGCCUUAAUGGGAAACUUUCUAUGAUGGAACGUGAUUUUUAUUCAGAGCGAAUGGCACUUUGGGAUUCAAUUUAUGAAGAAUUGAGGUCCUUGCUUGCUCAUGAGAGUGAAAUGGAGGAGGAUAAAAAGAUCGAAUCAACCAAGGAUGAACUGUGAUAGUGAUUUUUUUAUACUUUUAUUAAUUAAAAUAUUUUUUUUUUACAAAUUA